AUGCCUACCACGGUGUGUAAGGCCAAGGCGUCUUUCAAGAAAUUGUCAGGCUUGCUCGAGCUCACCGACACCCAUCUCCAAUGGACUCAGGACGGGAAAAAGGCGCCUUCAGUACGCGUUCCUUACGCUGAAGCAUAUUCUUUGUUCUGUAGUAAAGAGGGCGCCUCUCAGGUCAGGCUCAAGCUUGGUCUUAUUAGCGAUGAAGCGGGUCACAACUUUACUUUCACGUCCCCCAUCGCAAACGCCGAGCGUGAAGAGUUCAAAAAGGCACUCACUCCCAUUAUAACUCGCAAUAAGCUACCUGCCGCGCCUGUUAAUCGACCUCCUGUGACGGCUGCAGCCCUAGUGCCCAAUGGACCAUUGCCUGUGGUACCUAAAGCACCCCUCCAUCAACCGAUAGCGCCCUCGCGGCCCCCCGCCUCCCGUGCCACAUCUGUCUUGAGUGAGAGGAGAACGACCCCGGUCAUCGCUGGAACCGACCCUGCCAGCGAUUUCCGACUUCGCAAGAGGGUUCUUAUGAGCAAUCAUGAACUCGGGUCCCUGCACAAAGAUCUUGUCAUGAGUGGUCAAAUUACAGAAGCUGAGUUCUGGGACGGCCGUGAGCACCUUCUUCUUGCACAAGCUGAUACAGAAAGUCAACGAAAAGGCAAGCCGGGCCAGCUUGUGGACCCUCGUCCUGAAACUGUCGACGGUGAAAUCAAGAUAAAGAUUACGCCGCAGCUGGUUCACGAUAUAUUUGAUGAAUAUCCCGUCGUAGCGAAGGCUUACAGCGAGCAUGUACCCAAGAACUUGUCUGAAGAACAAUUUUGGAGACGGUAUUUUCAAUCCAAACUCUUCAAUACACACCGUGCAUCUAUUCGUUCGUCUGCAACCCAGCAUGUUGUCAAAGCCGACCCCAUUUUCGACAAGUAUCUGGAAAGGGAAGAUGACGAGCUGGAACCUAGGCGGCAACGUUCGGACCCAGUGGAGCUUUUCGUCAACCUUGGCGCAACUUUAGAGGACCAUGGAGAGACUGGAAACGAAAAGGAUGUCACUAUGCGAGCAGGCCGGCAAAAGGGUGCUUUGCCUCUCAUUCGAAAGUUUAACGAGCACUCUGAAAGGCUUCUGAACUCAGCCCUGGGCGAAAUUCCUUCAAAGCGACGUCGUCUGGAUGUAGGAGAAGAUGCAUACUCAGAAAUAGACAUCGAGGAUUUACACGACCCCGAGGCUUCAACUGGCAUCAUUCUUGAGAUGAAGGGAUAUAGAGAACGAUACUAUGAAGGUCGCAUGUCGAAACCCGCCGCCGAGGAAGUUGCAGCUGAGAAGAGUGUAGACUUCAGGACCGUUGUUCGCGAAGCAAAAGCUGACCUGCAAGAAUGGGAUAAACAGUUGACUCAACUAAAAAUUGAUCGGAAAUCUGGUGACUCCGCUUUGCUUGCUAUGACGCAGAACGUCUCGGUAAGAUUGGAUGUAAAGUCAAAAAAAAACGAUAUACCAGACGUCCUUUUCAGACAAUUGACAACUUGUCAAACUGCCGCCAAUGAAUUUCUCCGGCAAUUCUGGUCCGCCUCGUAUCCUCCACUUUCUGAGGUACCCAGCGUGUCCACGGCUACACCUGCGCAGCGGGCAGCAAAGGCCACAAAAAUGAUAGGCUACCUUUCAAAAACGCACGAAAAGGUGCAGGCCCUCGUACAGAGUGCAAGUAUGCACUCUGUUGAGCCAGCGCGUGUUGAAAUGGCUAUGAAGCCCGUUCUCAAUGCGGUUGACCACGCCCUCGCCUUUCAUCAAAGCAGAACUCGCCCCAAAUAG